CGGGCGCAGGAGGACCGAGAGGAGCUACUCCACAUUCAAGGUCAGGAGGGCUGGCCGUGAGGAGAUAGCCCAUGUCCAAGGGAAAAAGCCUCCAAAUCAUAAAGAAGAUAAUAUAGACUCUGGUAGAGAAUAGAGAAGAGGAAUCGUUUAAAAAGAAAAAUUAAAUCUCUACAAAAUGUAUAAAGCAUGGUUGUGAGAAAGAAAUUAAGAGAAAUUGAUAGCACCUAGAGAUCCUGGACUCCAAGAACAGUGGCUCUAUGACAUUAUCUCUGGAAUCCCAUCAUUAGCUGACUUUGGAUGGACUGUUUUCAGGGAAGAGGUGAAUAAAUUUGUGGUCACAUGAAGAAUGAAUUAGCUAAGCAGGGGUAUCUUUGAACACACAGGAAUACAGAUGCAUACAUGGCAUCCUACAACUCAAACAGCCAAAGUGUGGACCACAGGAUGGAAUCGUAGGUUAAAUAACUUUCCUGAGGUCACACAGCUUGUAGGUGAUGGAGCUAGAUAAAAACCAGGCUAUAAGAUGUUAAUAUCACCUUUCAACUUCCAUUCCUGGUCCAUGUGAGAGACAGGCUGCUGAGAUGAGCACGAACCAGGCUGCGGAGAGCAACCUUCUGGCUUUGAACCAACAGAAAGAACUAGAGGAUUUGCCAAAAGACUACCCCUUGAGCACCAGUGAAGAUGAAGGGGACAACGAUGGGGAAAGAAAGCAUCAGAAGCUUCUGGAAUCAAUCAGUUCACUUAAUAGAAAGGAUAGGCAGAAAUUGGCUGAGAGGUCUGAGGCUAGUCUGAAGGUGUCAGAGUUCAGUGUAAGUUCUGAAGGAUCAGGAGAGAAGCUGGUCCUUUCAGAUCUGCUUGAGCCUGUUAAAACUUCAUCCUCAUUGGCUGCUGUGAAAAAGCAGCUGAAUCGAGUGAAAUCGAAGAAGACUGUGGAGUUACCACUUCACAGAGAAGAGAUUGAGCAGAUCCACAGAGAAGUGGCAUUCAAUAAAAGCUCCCAAAUCCUCUCCAAAUGGGAUCCUGUUGUUCUGAAGAACCGGCAAGCAGAGCAGCUGGUUUUUCCCCUGAGCAAGCCCCAAUCAGUCUUUGCUCCCAUUGAACAUGUGGUCAGUGGCUGGAAAGCAGGAACUCCCCUGGAGCAGGAGAUUUUUGAUCUUCUCCAUAAGAAUAAGCAGCCUGUGACAGAGCCUUUACUGACUCCCGUGGAAAAGGCCUCUCUCAAAGCUAUGAGCCUGGAAGAGGUAAAGAUGUGCCGAGCAGAGCUUCAAAGGGCCCGGGCCCUGCAGUCCUACUAUGAGGCCAGGGCUCGAAGAGAGAAGAGAAUCAAAAGCAAAAAGUAUCACAGAAUUCUGAAGAAAGGAAAGGCCAAGCAAGCCUUAAAAGAUUUUGAGAAGCUGCAGAAGGUCAAUACUGCUGCGGCACUGGAAGAACUAGAAAAACUUGACAAGGCCAGAAUGAUGGAGCGAAUGAGCCUUAAGCACCAGAACAGUGGGAAAUGGGCAAAAUCAAAGGCAAUUAUGGCCAAAUACAACCUGGAGGCUCGCCAGGCUAUGCAGGAACAGCUGGCCAGGAACAAAGAGCUGAUGCAGAAGGUCCGGGCGGCCUCUGAGAGUGAGGAAGAGGAGGAAGGCCAGGAGGAAGAGGAAGAACCUCUUGUUCCUGACAUGGUGAAUGGGGUGCAGAUAAAGGCAAAUGGACUGAACCCAUGGAUGUUCCAGAAUCACUUCAUUGAUGCCAAAGAGGCUGAGGUCCAGAAAGACCUGGAAAAUCCUGCUGAGCCUGAAGCCCAGGAGACUUCUGAAAGUGAGGAAGAAAGAGCAGUGGUGGAGGAAGAAACUCUCUUGAAAGAAUUUGAGGAAAGGCGAUCACUUAGACAGAAGUCUGAGCUCAACCACAUGGCGGAGCCAGUGCACAGAUGUGUAACAAAGGAUCCUAGCAACCAGGAGGUUCUGUCUGAAUUGAGGGCACUGUCUCAUAAACUCAUCACAGAGAACCAUCAGUCAGGGAAGCAAGAACUGAGUUCAGCAAGGACAGCUCAGAGAGAGGAACCUGCCAGGGAGGAAGAGGAGCCCAUGUUUCCGCAGAGGCCAAAGAGAGCUCAGACUCUGGACGAGCUGGAGGAGCUGGGCAGAGAAGGGUGUGCUGAAAACAAGGAGCUACCCAGAACUGCAGUGGAAGGGCUUCAGUUGGAGAAGAAUCUAAGUAAUCUUAUUGGCGCCCCCAAGGAGAAGAAAAGGAAGGAGCAAAUGAUUGAUCUCCAGAACCUCCUAGCCACAAAAUCGCCUUCCGUGAAGUCCUUGGCAGUUCCCAUGACUGUACAGGAGUUGGAAGAUGAAGAAGAGAGACAUCAAAGGCAGAUGACAAAGGAAGCUUUUGCUGGGGAUGAUGUCAUCAGAGACUUCUUGAAAGAGAAGAGGGAAGCUGUGGAGGCGAGUAAGCCAAAGGACCUGGACUUGACUCUGCCUGGCUGGGGCAAGUGGGGUGGUAUGGGCCUGAAGCCCAGUGCCAAGAAGAGACACCGGUUUCUCAUUAAAGCCCCUGAGGGUCCUCCAAGGAAAGACAAGAAUUUGCCAAACGUGAUCAUCAGUGAGAAGCGGAACAUCCAUGCAGCAGCUCAUCAGGCGCAGGUGCUUCCACAUCCAUUCACACACCACCACCAAUUUGAAAGGACCAUCCAGACCCCCAUAGGAUCUACAUGGAACACCCCAAGGGCCUUCCAAAAGCUGACCAUGCCCAAGGUUGUCGCCAAGCCAGGCCAUAUCAUUAAGCCUAUCAAAGCAGAGGAUGUGGGCUACCGAUCUUCCCCAAGGUCGGACCUCUCUGUCGUACAGAGGAAUCCAAAACAACUUUCCAUACGUCACAAAAAAACUUCUGGAGAAUAACUGUGUGGAUUGAAUUGCUGAAGUAGUGACACCUUGGUGCCGGGAACCAAUAGCCCCGACUGUUCCUCCACUGGCCUGGUUUUACUUGGAGCUGCAAGAUGAUUCCCAAACAAGCUUAGCACACCAUGGGUGUAGUUAAGCCACAUCUUAGAAAUAAAGGCAUUUUUAUCUAUUU